CCCGACGCCGACACGAUGGUGCGCUACCUGGAAGAUUUUGCUUCCCUGCUGAAGCUGCAGGUUCAGUACAACACGGCCAUCGUCCACGUCACGCUAGACAGAGAUCAGCAGGCCUGGAACGGCCACUACUUCAUCCUGACGGACCAGAACAGGCAGAACUACAAAUGCAGCUCUUUGUUGGUAGCCACUGGCACAUGGGUCCCCAAUGUAGUAAACUUUCCUGGCUCAGAAUACGUUGAGGGUUACGAGACUGUGUCCAUCAAUCCAGAGGAUUUUGCUGGCCAAACUGUGUUGAUUCUGGGCCGAGGUAACUCUGCCUUUGAGACAGCAGAGAACAUUCUGGGUGUCACUAAUUUCAUCCACAUGGUGAGCCGAUCCCGUGUUCGCCUCUCUUGGGCCACCCACUACGUCGGAGAUCUGAGAGCAAUUAACAAUGGUCUGCUGGAUACAUACCAGCUGAAAUCUCUUGAUGGGCUUCUGGAGGGUGACCUAGAAGAUCUGGCUAUUGUCAAGGACAAGAAAGGGAAGUUGCACAUCACGCUCCGGUUCUACCUGGAGAACAGGAACACCAGCGCAAGCAUUGACUCCAUCACCCUCCCGCAGGAUGAACUGGAUAAUUUUGCCACCCGUGCACCUUAUGACCGUGUCAUUCGCUGCCUGGGCUGGAAAUUCGACUUCUCUAUUUACAACAGAUCCCUUAGAAUGACGCCAGGAAAAGGGAAUAAAAACAAGUAUCCUCAGAUCAAACCCAGUUAUGAGUCCAGAGGCACUCGGGGGCUCUUUGUUCUUGGCACUGCUAGCCACUCUGUUGACUUUAGAAAAUCUGCUGGGGGCUUCAUCCAUGGAUUCCGGUAUACAACUCGUGCAGUCCACCGCCUAUUGGAAAACCGUCACCACGGUGUCCCCUGGCCAUCCACGGUCUACCCUAUUACACAGUUGACCAAUUCCAUCAUCAAGCGAGUGAAUGAGGCCUCAGGCCUCUACCAGAUGUUCAGUGUCCUGGCUGACAUCAUACUGCUGAGAGAGAAUGCCACAGCAUUUGAAUACCUUGAAGAAUACCCAGUCGGAGUCCUGGCCGAGCUGGAAACACAGACAGGGAGAAAGGCUCCCCAUGGGCUGUUCGUCAUCAUCCUGGAGUACGGGAGAAAUUUCUCUGGGGCUGAUAAAGAUGUCUUCUACUACAACCGAGCUGUGGGGGAGGCACAGCACGCCUGGCAAUCCAACUUCCUGCACCCUGUUAUUUACUAUUACAAACGCCUCCCAACAGAGCGGGAGAUGAGACUUCGCCCCCCUGACUGGCCUCUCCCCCGCCCAGAUGCCAUCCAUCACAUUGUUGAGGAUUUUCUGACAGACUGGACAGCCCCAAAUGCUCACAUCCUGCCACUGAGACGUUUUCUGGAGAACUGCCUCGGCACAGACCUACGCAAUUUCUUUGCAGAAUCCUGUUUCCUGUUUGCCUUCACCCGUCAGAAGCUGCCUCCCUUCUGUCAGCAAGGAUAUGUAAGAAUGCAAGGGCUUGUGGGGACCAAGAGACUCCAGCGCCAUGCAGUAGACGCUGGCCUGCUGGAGGAUUACACUACUGCAGACUUUUCAGGUGACAGACUCCUUGGCAGCCAUGAGGGGUCACAGCACCAGUUGCUAAGAGAUCAUGCAAUGCCAAUUCGGCCGCUGCAGCAUCUUGUUAAUGCCAAGGAUGAACUUUAACCUUUCUCACUCCACACUGAAAUCCAUAGGUGCUGUUGUGACAAUAUUGUAACAGAGAUCCACAGCAGGACUCUUCCCUCUUCCAUGUACCUUUUUCAUGCCCAUCCCUUCCAGUGAUCAUGAAUUGCCAAAGACCUGCUCAGAUCUUGCUGUUACAAAGAGGACCGACGUGCUCUGGAGGAUAAGUCAGGAGCUGAAAUCCAGCGAUGCUGAGGCUUCUGCUUUGUACUUGCAGAGUUCAAAGCUGCCUGAAGUCAGUGUUUGCUUUUAUCUCACAGACCAAUAUCUGCAGCGAUGGCCAAGCGUCCAAGAAGAGAGUGCAAGAAUGCCCAGAAAACUUAAAAUGUCCUGUCCCUCUUCUGAGGUGACAUGCUUGCAUUCUGUGGCAGGCCAGUGCAGACUCUCUGAUUACUGGAUACUGUAUGCCAUGCGUACUUGAAGAUUUGCUUGUGUGCUGAAUCCAGAAACGGUACUCUAGGCAAACUUCACAAGCAAGGUUUUUCCAGCAGUUGAAUGAGGGCAGUUGUGCAGCUUGAGUGGAGAAAGAUGGUAUUUUUUAGUUAGAGUGUAGGAAGGAUAAUUUACCAUUUCCCAGAGAGGACUGCAAGGGAUCUUUCCCUCCACAGAGGAUGAGUAGCUUGCCUAGAAUGCCUAGGACAUAGUGAGAGUUGUACUGAGAUUGGCCCUGCUGUCCAAACAUUUCUCUUCUCCCACACCAAGCAACCUGAAUAGUAGCCCUUGUGUUUUAUAAAGCAUGAUCGAUAUUUCUCCUAUUUGCACUAUGUCCCAUCAAGAAAGUUUCAGGUUGGUUUUGAUGUCAUUAAAAAGCUCAUCCUCUGUUA